UGAUAACCGUGCUCUGCCUAGAGCUGAUUGUUUUCUAUCAAGUGUGCGUCGUCGCCAUAGUGACAGGAGGACGCCCGCCUACUGCCUGAGAGCUCGUGAACAUGCCACCAAAGGAUGGAAAGUCUGCAAAAAACAAAGGAGGAAACAUCAGCAAGGCUGAAAGGGAGAGACUGCAAAGAGAGGCAGAUGAACAAAGACGGAGAGAGGAAGAAGAAGCUCGUGUCAUUGCCGAGCGUGAGGAGAAUGAACGGCUGGAGAGGGAGCGAAUAGAACAGGAGAAACAAGAGCAACUUGAGUUAAAGGACAGAGAGCGCAGAGAGGACGAGCUGAAUGAACUGCGGCACAUUCUAGAUGAGAAUCACUCUGCAGUCACUGCGUGGGAAUCUGAACACAGGGACAAAGCUAAGUGGGAGCGUUACAUGCGUUGCGACGGCAGCCCAGAUCCAUCAGUGCAGCCGGAAAUCAACUCCUUCAUUAGUUUGUGGAGAGAAGACUCAGAAACCCAAAUCCAGCGGGUCUUGGAGAACUGUGCUCUGGCACUUCAGUUGACAAACGAACUGGACUUUCUCUUGAGCGAGGGUCCCGACCCCAGUGUUCCUCAGCAGUAUCGAGAAACACUCCUGUGUCUACAGAGUCUUAUCCACUGCAAACUCAACCAGGCCACUGAGGAGCUUUUGAAGUCCGCAAGUUCUCAUUCUGACAUUGAGACCGGCAACAUGCAGACUUCAGUCCAGGACGAAAAUAUCACUCUUUGUCUGUGGGCGAACCUCAACAAAAACCCAAGGUUUAAAGGCUUCCGAUUUGAGGAGGUGGGUCUGGGCUUUGAGUUGCCAAAGCCACUUGCUGUGAUUGACAUCGCUGUCCGGAUCCUUCAUACACGGCAUGAUCACCUGUCCCAUCACAGCGAGCAAGAACAGCUCCAGAGAAGGAGAUCCAUGAUGGAGGCCGUUCUCACUCCACCAAUUGAGAGCAUUGCAACGGUGCAGGAUGAAAAGAUGGAGGGAGAGGGGGAUGAGGGAGAAAGCUCAAAGCCAGUGGAGGAAGACAGUCGUUCGGUCAGAUCAGACAGCAGAAAGAGGAGUGCUGUGAGUGUGAUCUCAGCUAAGGAGGGGAGGAAGAGCUCUUCAGUCAAGCCGCUAGAGGAAGGAGAAUGUCAAAUGGAGGAAAUCACAACAACAUUAGAAGCUGAUCAAAAUGGUUCCGACUCAUCACCAGCUGAACCUGUGAUUGACAGUUCUGAGGUACAUAUAGUGGACCUGCAGCAGUUCACACCCCUGGGCGGAGUCUUCUACUUUGAUGUGUUCCAUCUACCACCUCAGUCUCACAUAGUGAAGGGCUGGGAAAUGAGAGAGCUGUUAGAAACCGGUCUCCAGGUCUUCCCCUAUCCCACAGAGCAGUCUUGCGCUCAGAGCUCUACCUCAGUGAGGCUGGAUGAACACAGUAGCACUGUUGCCUCAUUGCCUGUAGGGGUCACUGUAGCUCUGCCUGACUCAAUAUUGUUUCUGGAGGAUCCACAUGUGGCACGUUGGGAUCCUAUUGGUGAACAGUUCACACCACACAUAUGUAGCAUCAGAUUGCGUGUUGUGUAUACAGCCUCUACUUUAAAGCCUCCUUGUUAUUUUCAUAUCUUAGUAUUUUACUGUAUGCCUGUUUAUUGUGCACCUGUUUCUGCAGGUCAGCACUGGCGGGCAGACUUCAUUUCUGAGGCUUCCUAUGACGCAGAGACCCGCAGCAUCUCCUUUGAGAUGAACGCAUUCUAUGCCUUCACAUUACUGCAGGAGUCUUACAUCAACAUGCCUUUCCAGUCAUGGGAGUUGAGGCCUCUGGGCCAAGACUCAGCUUUGUUCACAAUCACUGGAGCUCUUAUUGAAGUCAGCAUCACUGUCAAGGGGAAGCAAUGUAUGCUGCACAUGGAGGAAACAAAGAACCUAGAUCAUCUUCUAGGGAAGUGGAUGAGCCCCUCAGAUCUGCAGAAGGCCAUGCAGAGAGCUGGAAUCAAUAUAUUUGUGAAUGAGUAUUCAGACAAGUACGUCAGCAUCAACUCAAAGGACCCAUUAAUAGAGCACACAGUGUAUGAACAAAUGGCUCUAAUGUCCUCAGCCGUGGCUUUUUCCUGGAGCCGCUGGAACACACAGUGCGGACAAGAGCACCUUGUUCUUCAGGCCUGUGAACAGUUGGAGGCUGGGCCUGUGGCUGAGGAGGCAUGGUCUCUUUACCUGCUGGGUGCUCAGAGGAACCAGCAUCUGAAGAUGAAGGAGCAUAACGACAGCUUCUCUCCUGAGCUGGCCGAGGGCAGCGAGUUCCACUCCACCUUUCUGCACAUGCUCAGACAGGACAUGAGCACCGAGGGCCAAGCCAGAGUCCGUCAGUCUCACUAUCUCUACACAGACACUGUACAGAGGCUCCUGUGUGCAACACGUGUCCUCACAUAUUCCUGAGAAGAGAAAGCAUACACAUCCAGAAAGACUACAUGCAUACACACUAAUAUCUUAAACAUCUGAUACCCGUUUUGAACAGUCAUUGCUACAUCUUGAUGAUAUGCUGAGAUGUAAUAACACCCUGUAAAAUUCUUUAUAAGCAGGUGAACCCAAAUGAUUCUCUUGAAUGAUUAUUUUUAGCAUAAGCAAUAAAUAUAAAUAUAAAUAUAUACACAGUAGAUAGAUACCACCACAGAAGAAAUGAGAGCAUGUGCACUAAAUAUUUCAUGGAGAAAUUGUUCCUAAAUGUCAGAAUAUUACAGAAACUCACAAGUGUAUUUAAUUCUAAAAAAAACUUAAUUUUAUUAUAAAUUCUAUUAAUAAUAUAUAUUUCUAUACUAUUUUUGUAGCUGAAAUAUAUGACAUUUUGGUGAGAUUCUCCUUGAUUUACAGAUUGUUAUACUCAUGAUGAAUUUGUUGCUAUUUGUCAGUGGUUCAUUUACUUCAUUUCAUACCACCAGCUUUGGUUGAACUACUAAAAUGAACACACCCAAGCAUGAGUAUUAAACGCAUACUGACUGAAGCUUUGUGA